AUGUCCCAGUCUAUUGUUUUUCGGGUCUAUCGGAAGCAAGUUAACGACAGGACGCUUUAUGCGCGCCGCAAGAACGGCGCCUCAUCUCCUUGCGGGGAGGUUAUUAUUAUUAUUAUUAUUAUUAUUAUUAUUAUUAUUUUCUCCCCUCAACAGGUCUCUUCCUCCGGUAUUUUUGAAUUGAAAGUUCAUUCCUUUACAAGCUCCCGAGGCGCCUGCAGUAACCCUCGGGAGUGUCAGAUCUUUUUCCGGGUCUGUCUGAAGCAUGCCCAGGCUGUCAUCUCCCCCGAGCCGCCCUGCACCUACGGAACCGCCUUGACCGAAAUCACCUCCGCCGACCACAGCUCGAUCUCCCGCACCGCGUCUAUCCGAAUCCCCUUCCACUUCAAAUGGCCGGGAACCUUCUCUCUUAUUAUUGAAGCUUGGAACGCAGAAUCUGCGGAACAGUCCACAGAAAACCCAUCUAAUUUGAUCAGUCGCUUGGCAACGCGUCGGAGACUGGCAGUUGGCGAGGACUGGUCUCAGGAUGUCCACUUUGGCGAGCAGAGCGAGCUGCGCUACUCCUACCAUGUCGUUUGCGAUGACUACUACUACGGCGACAGCUGCUCGGACUACUGCCGGCCCAGAGACGACACCUUCGGCCACUACACUUGCGACGAAGCCGGCAACCGCGCUUGUCUGGUCGGUUGGAGAGGCGAAUACUGCUCAGAACCCAUCUGUGUGUCUGGGUGCAGCGACAACCACGGUUUUUGCGAGCGCCCCGGGGAGUGUAAGUGCCGCAUCGGGUGGCAGGGGCGCCUCUGUGACGAGUGCGUGCGGUACCCCGGCUGCCUCCACGGGACCUGCAAUCAGCCCUGGCAAUGCAACUGCCAGGAAGGCUGGGGCGGUCUGCUCUGCAACCAGGGCCUGAACUACUGCACCAACCACCGGCCCUGCCAUAACGGAGCGACCUGCAGCAACACGGGCCAGGGCAGUUACACCUGUACCUGCAGCCCGGGCUUCAGCGGCACCAACUGCGAGAUGGAGACCAACGAGUGUGACAGCAACCCGUGCAAAAACGGAGGCAGCUGCAAUGAUCUUGAAAACGACUACACCUGCACUUGCCUGCAAGGAUUCUACGGCAAGAACUGUGAGAUCAGCGCCAUGACCUGAACAUGGGUUUAAGCCUUUCCAAAACCAUAUAUAUAAUCGUUAGUGUAUUUCAAGUUCCAAUUUAUAUUCUGUUUCGACCUUUUAAUUAUGCACGACAUUAUUAUUAUUAUUAUUAUUAUUAUUAUUAUUAUUAUUAAACUUUAUUAACAUGGAUUUAGUCACUGUCACCCCAUAAUCGACAGUGCACUUACACAGAAGACACUUUAUUGAAAUAACACGAAUGGAACCUGACUUGAGAAUCGUGUUCUGUAAAACAAGAAUAUUCUAAUAACGUUUGGCCUUGCCCUUCUUUGCACGUUAAACUGUAUUUGUUGCAAUUGUAAACUAUCAAGUAGUUUUGAACUUGCAGCUUGAUACAGUUUAAUAUAUAUAUAUACACACACACACACACGUUUUUAUCUGCAUGUUGGCAUGACUUUGUUUUGUAUUAAA